GCCAAAGAAGAAAAUUUUCUACAAGUGCUGCAUGGGUAUGAUGAGCUUUCUACUUUCACUGAGCCUCCAAACCUCUCCAGAUUGUCCAUUUGGUCUAAGGUUGAGCAUUUUAAGGAGUCGAGGCUAUUUUGUCCACAAUUAUCCACUCUGCUAUUUAUUAAUCUGUUUAGAAAUGACUCUGAGUCAUUCUUGGCUGAUGCCUCCUUUGUCUUCCAAAUUUACAAAGGUCUUAGAGUCUUGGAUAUGGAGCAAAUUGUUCUGCGGCACAAGGUUUUUCCAAGCGAGGUAGUAUCGCUUGUUGAGCUGCGGUACUUGGCUAUGCAAGGUGAGAUGAGGGUCAUCCCGCCCUCUGUAGCCAAACUCUCAAAUUUAGAAACUUUUCGCGUGAUAUCUGAUUACGGUAUUGUUUCAUUGCCAAAUACCUUGUGGAGCAUGACCAAGUUGAGGCAUCUACAUAUUGAGGGCUAUGAUCUCGUAUGGUCUUUGCCAAGAGAAAAUCUUGAGAACAAUUCUGGCUUGCUUAAUUUGGACACAUUUUCCACCUUAAGAGUUUCUUUGGACCAAAGAGUAGAAAACAUACUGAAAAAUAUUCCAAAUGUGCGCCAGCUAAAAAUCAAACUCUCCAAGGCAAAGAAAUCUACGACUAUAGGCUACUGCAACAUGAGUGGACUAGAAAGUCUAGAAUCACUCGAAGUGUGGGCAACGUCACUGCCACCGGAUCGCGUUGAGUUCUCUUUCCCAUCGACUUUAAAAAAGCUGGUCCUCAUAGGAUUGAACCUACCCUGGAGUAAAAUUUCAUUGAUUGAGGAACUGCCCAAUCUUGAGGUCCUUAAAUUACUCUACCACUCCUUCAAGGGUGAAAGAUGGGUCCUGACAGAAGGAGGGUUCCGUAAACUCAGGUUCUUGGCUUUGGAAAAUUUGGAUGUUGUCGAGUGGACAGACACAGAUCCUGAUGAUCAUUUCCCCUGUCUUCAGAAGUUGCUGAUGUCAGGACUUUCUAAAUUGGAACUGAUGCCAUCUUGUUUAGCGCAGAUUUCAGCUCUUGAAUUGAUUGAAUUUCGAAGUUGUAAGGCCUCUGUUAAGGAUUUGGUACAGAAAAUUGAGGAGGAGCAAAAAGACUGUGGAAAUGAAGAUCUGACGAUCAUCCCCUAGCCAGUGCACAGAACCUUAUGGGGCAGCUUCCGCAUCAGAUGUUGUGAGUGGAUAAGAUGGGAGAAAAUGCCGCGUAAUAUGUUGCCUUGGCUGCUUUUGGAGAAAAU